AACUGUCAACACAAAAGUUGAGCCGAACAGUUUAACUCGUAUCUAUUUCGUUGAAUUUUACUUUGGGAAAAUCGACAAUUGGUAAAAAAAUUUCUCAGUGACUAAUCACAGAGGCUCUACAUUAGCUAAUAGUGUUUGCUCCAAAUACAAAGCAAAAUCCUGUGAAAUCAAUUUUUCUCAUACCACCAUAACUAGGGAAUAAUCCAGUGUUUAUGUUCAAGCUCCUCCGAAUGAUUACAGUUUAGCAAUUUAAAAACAAACAAAAAAGACAAAAAUUGAGAUAGAUAAAUGAGAGUAAGAAAUUGACAUUGAAAUCAAAUGAAUGAAAGUAGAGAGAGGGAAAUGUUGGACUCGAUUUGCGAUGAUAAGAUCUUCGCUCAAUUAACUGAUUUGUUUGGUGAUACAGUACCGACCGAAAUCAUAUUGAAAACGGGACAGGAAACGAAAUGGAAAUUGGAACAGUGCAUUGAAAAGCUGGUGAAAUUUGACCCGAGAACUGUUCAACGUCCAAUGACAGUAAAUAUGGAAAAAUAUAAUACCAACAACAACAAUUUAUCUGAUGAUGAUGACGCAGACGUUUUAAUUGAAUCUGAAGAGAUUCAACAAGUCAAUACAACUGCCGCCAAACCGAAAAAACCAAGUGGUUCUGCACAAAAUGAGGAACAGGAAAAACGAUGCCCUUGGCCAACUUACAAACAACACAAUGCUGGCUUUACAGCAACCAAUCUACCGUUACCGAAUCAUCGUCCUGGGCCCAAUUCGAAGCAGCCACGACUCACAUCAAACGCAAUGGACAAACAUCCAGAUGUAGCUGAAAUAAUUAAGCACAUUGAACAGAAUCACCUAAUUUUGAUUUGCAUGAGAGGUGCACCAGGCAGUGGAAAAUCAUACCUAGCCAAAUCGAUUAUUGAUCGAACAAUGCACAGUGACUACGACAAUCACAUCUUUUCGACGGAUGAUUUUUUCUUCAAUAGACGCACGAAACAGUAUAAUUUCGAUCGGAAUCGUCUUGGUCAAGCCCAUGAAUCGAAUCAGUUUCGUGUGGCCCAACGUUCAAUGAACGGGUGGAGUCCGAUUAUCGUUGACAACACGAACAUGAAAUGGUGGGAGAUGUUCAAUUAUUUCAAAACAGCUGUGCAAUACGGAUAUAUCAUAAAAAUUCUGGAGCCGAACACACCGUGGCGAAUUUCAGUUGGUAAAUUAGCACAGCGCAAUAAACAUGGUGUUGACCAAGAGGCAAUCGCAAGAAUGCUCUCGAAUUAUGAACCAGGCACCGUUGAAGAUAUUUUGCGUGCGAUGCAAAUCAACUACCCGAUGACACCUCAGCUUCGGAAAUUCCCUGAAAUUCAACCACAGCAGCAGCAGGGACCUAGUGGUUAUAGCAGUAAUCGAUUGUCUGCUUCGGACAACGGUUAUUCGCGUUUCACGCCGAAGGAACAGCGAUCAACGAAGAAAUAUGAUUGGAAUCGUGAGAACGUUGGCGACUAUAGGGUAGCUAGUAGUAGUGAAAAUAAAUUGGAAAAUUUCACCGAGGCAUGGCCGGCCUUCGAAGAAGAACAAUCCAGUUUUUGGAACAAAGACUCAGAUGCUAAAUUGAAAACCGAAAAAAGUUUACCGAAGCCACAGCGGGCCAAGAUGACGGGCAAUGCAAACAUUGAAAAUAUAUACAGUCUUUUACAGGAUAAAUCAAACUCAAAAAGUGCCAAUGAAGAAGGUAUGGAUGCUGAGAGGGCUGCUGGCGUUCCACUGAAACGACACAACAAAAAAUGCACCAAUGAAAACCAGUCAUUCCAAGAAAUACGUCAAAUCUAUCCACAAAUACCGGUUGCACCGCUGUGGGAUCUGUUUGAAAAGUGCAACGGUGAUGGUAACUGGACCAUGGAUAUUCUGCUGAAUGAAAGCGAAACCAAAGACCUGCAAACGCUGAAUUCACAGGAAGAAAUUGACCGCGAUAAUUUUACAUGCGACUGCGAUGAAUAUUUCGUGAAUCGUGUGACACCCAACUAG